UAACUACCAAGUUUAUAGACCACUUGAUGAAUUAUUUCAAAAGAACUGAUAGUCGAGUACACAGGCGAGCUCGAUUCUCGAGAAAUCGACAGUUAUGCUGAGGCCUGGAACGACGUCAUUUCAUCCAUCUCUGGGCCAGGCCCAGGCCCAUUUACGAUGGGCCCAUCAUGGGCUUACCUGAUACUUGGGCCGUUGAAAACGCAACCCACAGAAUCGAAUUUGGUACCCUAAACCAGCCUCAGGCCAUUCACCCAAUCGCUGAGACAACGCACACCGAAAUUAUCGAGUCCAAGCUGAAAGACUAUUUUACCCAUUUUCAACGGCAUUUCGGUUCACUAUCACAAUGUCCAGUCCAGACAAUUCGCUAUAUUUCAGGCGUUUAACCAGCAGAACCGAGAUCAUUGUCUCGCUCUUGCACCCCUUCUCUUUCCCUAGUGGUCCUGUCUGCUCUAGUUACAAUGUCAAUUUCUGUCGUCUACAAUGGUGCUGCCGCCGUCAACUCCUCUCCCGCGCCCGUGCCCGGCCGGGUCUCCUCCGUGUAUAGCGAAGUCCAGUCGAGUCGUAUCGACCACAGUCUUCCUCUACCUUCUGUUCUCAGAAGUUCCUUUACGAUCGUCGAUGGGCCCCCGAGCUCUGCCGCUGGCAAUCCAGACGAGAUAGCGAAGCUAUUCCCUAAUCUCUUCGGUCAGCCAUCGGCAAAAUUGGUGCCAUGCGAUUCCAGCAAAGUUCGACCGGAUAAGAAGUUGAAGAUUGGUGUCGUGUUGUCUGGAGGCCAGGCCCCCGGAGGACAUAAUGUCAUUUCUGGAAUUUUUGAUUACUUGCAGGAUCACGUCAAAGGCAGUGUAUUAUAUGGCUUCAGGGGUGGCCCUGCUGGGAUUAUGAAAUCUAAAUAUGUGGAGUUGACUUCAGAGUAUAUUUACCCAUACAGAAACCAGGGUGGGUUUGAUAUGAUAUGUAGUGGGAGGGACAAAAUUGAAACUCCAGAGCAGUUCAAACAAGCUGAAGAAACAGUAAAAAAGCUUGAUUUGGAUGGGCUUGUUGUGAUUGGCGGAGACGAUUCAAACACAAAUGCCUGUCUUCUUGCUGAAAACUUCAGGGGUAAAAAUUUGAAGACCCGGGUCAUUGGUUGCCCCAAAACAAUUGAUGGAGAUUUAAAAUGCAAAGAGGUGCCUACAAGUUUUGGAUUUGAUACAGCUUGCAGGAUAUAUGCAGAAAUGAUUGGUAAUGUCAUGAUAGAUGCUAGAUCAACUGGAAAAUAUUAUCAUUUUGUCCGGCUUAUGGGGCGUGCUGCUUCACACAUCACUCUAGAGUGUGCCUUGCAGACUCAUCCAAACAUUACUAUCAUUGGGGAAGAGGUUUCUGCUCAAAAGCAAACGCUGAAAAGUGUUACAGAUUACAUUGUAGAUGUUAUCUGCAAACGUGCAGAACUUGGUUAUAACUAUGGUGUUAUACUUAUUCCUGAAGGUCUUAUUGACUUCAUCCCAGAGGUACAACAACUUAUUGCAGAACUAAAUGAAAUCUUGGCCCAUGAUAUUGUUGAUGAUGAUGGAUUAUGGAAAAAGAAACUCACUAGUCAAUCUCUUGAACUUUUUGAGUUUUUGCCUCAAGCAAUCCAAGAACAGUUGAUGCUUGAAAGAGAUCCACAUGGAAAUGUUCAGGUUGCUAGAAUAGAAACAGAGAAAAUGCUUAUUCAGAUGGUUGAGACGGAGUUGGAGAAGAGGAAGAGUGAAGGUGUAUACAAAGGCCAAUUUAAAGGGCAAUCUCACUUUUUUGGCUAUGAAGGGAGAUGCGGUCUACCAACCAAUUUUGAUUCCACAUACUGUUAUGCAUUGGGUUAUGGUGCUGGAGCUCUUCUGCAGAGUGGAAAAACUGGACUAAUAUCAUCGGUGGGGAAUUUAGCUGCGCCUGUUGAAGAGUGGACUGUUGGUGGUACCGCAUUGACUUCAUUAAUGGAUGUGGAGAGAAGACAUGGCAAGUUUAAACCUGUGAUUAAAAAGGCAAUGGUGGAGCUUGAUGGUGCACCUUUCAAGAAGUUCGCGUCAUUGAGGGAUGAGUGGGCAUUCAACAACCGAUACAUCAGUCCUGGUCCUAUUCAAUUUGUGGGUCCUGCUUCAAAUGCUGUUAAUCAUACUCUCCUCCUGGAACUUGAAGCUGGAGCUUAAAUUCAACUCCCAACUGUAGUUUUGGUUUAAUGUUUCUUUCUUGAGGAAGAUUUCUGCUUCUGAAGGCCUUUCUGUGUGACAAAUUUUAGUAACCUAGUUUUCUUUAACCGAGUACACAGGCAAUUAUGUAUUCCCAUAAUCAUGGAAACCGUAGACUUCAUUUUAUUAGCACUGCUCUCAGUGGUGCAAGGUGUUCAUCAAAAUUGCCACACUUUUUUGCGGAAUAAUAUUGGUUCUGUUAGUUUGAUCUUUGAUGGGAACCAUUUCUUUA